AGGCAGUGGGAGGCAGUGGAGCUGGCCUCGGCACCGGGAGAGGCUGGACUUCCCGUCUCUCUGUGCUGAAUGGCUGCGAUGGCGCCCGCUCUCACUGACGCAGCAGCUGAAGCUCACCACAUCCGAUUCAAGCUGGCUCCCCCGUCCUCCACCUUGUCGCCUGGCAGUGCCGAGAGCAACGGCAACGCCAACAACAUCCUCCUGGCUGCCAACGGCACCAAAAGGAAAGCCAUUGCUCCGGAGGAUCCCAGUUUAGAUUUCCGAAACAACCCUACGAAGGAAGAGCUGGGCAAGCUGCAGCCGCUAGUGGCCUCUUAUCUCUGCUCGGAUGUAACAUCUGUUUCUUCAAAAGAGCCUCUGAAGCUGCAAGGAGUCUUCAACAAGCAGACAGUCCUUAAAUCUCACUCUCUCUUAUCUCAAUCCUUCUUGAAAACAAGUGAUCUGUUGGGGAGGCAACCAGUGUUGGAAUUCACUUUGGAGAACCUAAAAACAAUGAGUACUAACAGCCAGCCACCUCUCCCGCAAGCGCCUGUAAAUGGCUUGGCCAAGAAAUUGGCCAAAAGUACCAAUUCAGACCAUGAAAACGCUAGUUCUCUGAAUGGUGGGAAGUGCGCUCCUCCUUCUGCUGCCCUCCAGGGUGUUGACUAUAAUGCAGGAGGUUCGGAAUUGGGGGACUUGAAGACCGGGUUGACCAAUUGCACUCUUCCACAUAGAAGCCUUGAUGCAGAGCACACAACUCCAUUUAGCAAUAAUAGCACUGCAAACAAAUCUUCCCUUAAUUCCACGGAGCAACAGCGGGUGCUCGAGGGUGGCAGCGGAGAGACUAGGUUGCCUGGUGUUGCUAGUCACUCUGACUUUGGGAGCAGUAAGUUGGAGGAGCAGAAACCUUCUCUGUUGGUCGGUCACUACAGUGCUCUCGACUCCGAGAUGAGGACGAGGGCAUUGCUGCGACGGCAGGCAGACAUUGAGAACCGUGCCCGCAGGCUGCAGAAACGCUUGCAGGUGGUGCAGGCAAAGCAGGUGGAGAGACACAUCCAGCAGCAGUUGGGUGGCUUCUUGGAGAAAACUCUGAGCAAGCUUCCAACUUUGGACCCCCUGAGGCAUCGGAGCCAGCUGAUGUUGACCAGGAAAGCAGAAGCAGCCUUGAGGAAAGCUGCGAGUGAGACAGUUACUUCAGAAGGCCUAAGCAGCUUCUUGAAGAGUGAUUCAAUAUCAGAAGAACUGGAGAGAUUCACGGCCAGUGGUAUGGCCAACUUGAGAUCCAGCGAACAAGCAUUUGACUCGGAUGUCACUGACAGCAGCUCGGGAGGAGAGUCUGAUGUUGAAGAAGAGGAACUGACCAAAGCAGACCCAGAACAACCCCAUGUACCGCUGAGGCGAAGGGCAGAGUGGAGAUGGGCAGCAGACCGUGCAGCCAUCGUCAGUCGCUGGAAUUGGCUCCAAGCCCACGUCUCGGACCUGGAAUACCGAAUCCGGCAGCAAACGGACAUUUACAAGCAGAUUAGAGCCAAUAAGGGGCUGAUAGUUCUUGGUGAAGCAUCACCCCCUGAUCCUGCAGUAGAUGAUGCGUCCCGUCCCAUUAGUGCUGAAGUUAAGCUGGAGCCUGGGGCUGACCGGCUGAGUGUUUCUGGAUCCCAGCCACUAGAGAACUCGGGUAUUUCUGCUGCAAAUACUCCUGAAUCCCAUCCCGCCAAGCCCUGUGGAGCACCAAGACCCGUCAAUGGAGUCAUUAACACUCUUCAGCCUGGCCUGGCAGAACAUGCUCAGGGAGAUGGCCAGGAAGCUGAGGAGCUCUUGCAUAAAAAGCAACGACUAAACAUGGUUUCUUCAUCUUCGGAUGGAACGUGUGUAGCAGCUCGCACUCGCCCAGUACUGAGCUGUAAGAAGCGACGGCUUGUUCGACCUAGCAGCAUUAUGCCCCUUUCCAAAAAGGUCCAUCGUAAUAGCCUGGUGCGAUGUAGCUGUGAUGUGAACCCUUCGUGUGCUCUGUGCGGCACUCGAAGCUCGACGACUGUGGAAAUCCAGUACGAUGCCCCUUUGCUGGAGCGCCUCUCCCAACUGGACUCAUGUAUUCAUCCUGUCCUAUCAUUCCCAGAUGAUGUGCCGACGAGCCUGCACUUCCACAGCAUGUUGAAAUCUCAGUGGCAGAACAAACCCUACGAGAAAAUGAAACCUCCCAAAAAGCUCUCGCUCAAGCACAGAGCCCCCAUGCCUACCAGCAGCCUGUCUGACCCUGCUCGCAAGGACCGCCACAAGCUGGUGAAUUCAUUCUUCACUGCAGCCAAGCGCUCACAUCAAAAAAUCCAACCAGACAAGGCACACAGGCCGCCUUUAGACGAUUUUAUGGCCGUGUCCAAGGCCGAGAGAGCGCCAGAGCGCUCGCUUGUCCAGCCUCCUGCCUAUGACAAAAAGCGAUUGCGAGACUGCUCAUCUGAGAGGAGUGAAGUGUUGAAGCAUCACACGGACGUCGGUGGCCCAAGCUACUUGUCAGCAGCUGCAACCCCCACACCUCACAGCCCUAUAGCACGGCAACUGUCCACCUCCUCGGAAGGCUCUGCUCCUGCCAGCACGAGUUCACAGGGCACCUCUGGCACAGCCCAGCCAAGGAGGAGGAGAGGUGAAAGUUCAUUCGAUAUUAACAACAUUGUCAUCCCAAUGUCCGUUGCUGCAACGACUCGUGUGGAGAAGCUGCAGUACAAAGAGAUCCUCACACCCAGCUGGCGUGAAGUGGAUAUCGGUGCUCUGAAAGCGAACCCUGAUGAAGACAAUGAGGAGAUCGAGGAUUUGUCUGAUUCGGCCUUCACUGCUCGGCACGGCAAGUGUGAAGAGAUGGAGCGGGCCCGGUGGCUUUGGAGCACGAGCAUGCCCCCGCAGCGGCGGGGCAGCAGAUCUGCCGAGCGUCUUGUGGUCUUCCUCCCGCACGCUGUGCAGCCCUGGGAGCGACGCACCUUCCCACUCUCGUACGAUCCCAGGACAGAGUGCGAGGACCAAUCUGACCCCCAAGACCGGUUGUCGCGCUGCACCCGGCGCACGUCGGGCAGUAAAUCCUCCCGGGAGACCGAUGGCACUUCUGCUUUGCCCAACCUGGCCAGCCUCAAGAGCCGAACCCCCCUGGCGACACCCUCCUCCUCCUCUUCCUCCGCAGCAGUUCAGCGGCCAGCGCACAGAUAG